AAUGGCAACGGGCAGUUCACGCAAACACAGAACAAUCGAAGCCCACGGAUGAAGAGGAGACGGAGUUUCUACUGAGUCAUGGAAUACAUCUCAUACCAAUUACUACUGCUAAUUUUCAACGUGUCAGACGUGCUGAGUGUGCUGUGCAGCAGAACCACCUACACCUACUACUCCAGCACCACCUACUUCCCCUGCAACUAUGGCUGCUGCGGCUCCUCCAGGACCAGAUACUGCUGCUCCAGUUCUACUGUCAACGCUCGGUUCAGCGGUGGCAGCACAGCUGGCAUCGUAAUAGGCAUCCUCUUCGUCAUCUUCUGCCUCAUCAUCAUCACCUACUUGUGUAAGAGGAAGCGGUACUAUGGACGCGUGAUGAGGCCAGGUGCAGUUGCACCCCAGCAAGUGCAAACUGUACACGUAUCGCAUACAUCAGGAACAAUGAUGGGCCAGCCUCGUCAGGCCUACCCGCCCAUGUAUCAGCCUCCUGCCUACGGACAGACACCAAUGUCAUACCCCCAGCCUCCACAACCUAUGCGCCAACAACAACAACAACCCAUCCAUUCUGCACCCUUGGACCCAGGCUAUGUGCCCCCACCCCCGUCCUACAGCGCCCCACCCCCAGGGUACAAUGCACCCCCACCAGCCUACAAUCAGAUACAAGGUUAUCCCCCUGGGUACUACCCUCCAACAAAACAAUAGAACAUCGCUGGCAUUUCCAUAAAAAAAAAUAUACUUUGUGAUAGCAAGAGGCCUAAGUAUUGUGGCUAAGGUAUUAUUUCGAUUCAAGGCUUUUUACCAAGUACAAAAUAACGUUUUUACAAGAGAAUAUUUAUAUUUUUCAUGCACAUAAAAAACGAUAUAAACAUAACGAUUGAAAAGUCUGUUAAUAUGGUUGUGUGUUCACUGCGUACCAAGGACUAUCAUAUAACAGGACGCUAUGUAAUCACAUAUGUUAACUCCAUUUAUCGUCGUUGUGCAGCGGAGCUAGUGAUAAUCAUCACAGACUUAAAGUCACAUCGUGAAAUACACCGCGCUAUAUAACAAACAACCAGUGAAUAAAGUUCACUCCUGCGACAGAACGCGCAUCGUUCACAGCGACGGUAGUGGUCGCAUCGGGUUUCUAAGUAUAACGUUAUUGCAUAAUAACCUUUCCUGCUGAAAUGACACAGUGACUGUACAGUAAACUGUGUGGAAAUAUUAUGUAAAUACGCACGUUUUUCUAUCGAUAAUAUAGAAAACACCUAAGCACACUAAGCACACAAAGGAAAAUAUACAUUUUUUUACAGAUGAACGCUGAGUUUGUACGUGGUUGAUAUAUUUUGAAACGUUGAAUACUAAAACUUACAGUUUUGUGCAAAAUUAUGAUGAGGGGUUCUCCAUAUCUUGAUUUAUUAAAGUGUUAAUUUGCCAAAGAAUGCAGAGCGAUCCCUUACUACUUUUCAUUAUAAAAAUACCUAAUACCUUAAAAAUGUAAGUGUUUCUUAAUACAGACCGGUGGACAUCUGUAGCAAUGCUAACAACCAUCCUCGUCCCUUCUCGAUAGUUACCUGGUUUACCGUGUGGGGUAAAGUCGUUCACUUUGUACAUACAACACGCCACACCAAAGCACCAUGUAGGUAAGGGCUUCAUGUAUGUCCCCAUGUGUUUAUAGUUUCGAUACGUCUGUCAAAUACCUGUUGUACAGUGUAUGUCCGACUUGUGUACGCUAUUAUCCGUGAUGGAAUGCCCCAUGGGGAUUCAGGGCUGGGACUGGGUCCCCGCAACCUAUGGGGGUCGUAAGACACAACAGGUCUGACUCGGUCACGUGGUUGACUGCAUGUCAUCGUACCAUGACGAUGUGGAGGGAUGUUUAUCACAUUACACUGGGGGUAUCUUGUCCACACUCGAUUGUUUACAGGCAACAGUCACACAGUUGGAAUACUGCUGAGUGCGGCGUUAAACAAGAAACAGACAAGAAGUUAAUGAUCAUUCCGUAUCAUUGACAAGUGAUGCUAAGGAGUUCCUGAGUGUAAUUUAUAUAGUUACGGCCAUAAUAAUAUUACGGUAAAUAUAUCAGUGAAUGCAUAUACAUAUUUCAUCCAACUUACAUUGUGUAAUUUGUAGUCAUGUAAUAUAAAUGGAAAAUAAUAGACAAUUGUUUUUUACAUUUUCUAAACUUUCCCUAAUACUACUGUGCCUUACAGCAGUGUCUAACGCUCAGUACAACCAGUGCACUUGUAUAUAGUUUCCACCACAAUAUUCUUCACAUCCGGUGAUUUAUCUUUGUACACAGUUGUACAUUAGUUUGUUAUCACAAGUCGUAUACAGAUACUGAUGUCAUAGUGUGUCCAUAGGGAGUUACCUGUCAUUGCAUUGCACACUGAUUCACGAAAUCGGGCAACUAUUGUCUUCACACAAGAGUAUAGUAGGUUAAUGUGCAUAAUAUGUUUUCGUACAGAGAAUCAACAUUCAGACGAAACAAUAUUCAAAGGAACUUUUAAUUUUAGCCUUUGAAACAACACUUUACCUGUUUCAAUAUUUACGUUUAAUCAUAAAUUCACCAUUGUUAUAAACUGUUUGACUGUCAUUUGUAGAAGUUGAGUUGGAAAGUAACAGUAAAGGAAGGAUAUUUUACGGACGACAAGUUCCAUAUUCUAUUAUAAUGCGACGUUUCGGCACAGAUCCUUAUACCGCUGUCAAGCAAGACAACGAUAUAAGCAUACCUAUAGAAGUUGCCAUCGAUAAAAUAUCCUGACUUUACCAUUGUAAUAACUGGAUAUAUUUACCUGUGGAGACAAUGUACGAAGUGCACACGUGCGAAUACCAUUACAUGUUGGUUAAUAUAUGAAGAAUUACUCAUAUUUAAGAGAUAUCAGAUUGGUUCGAUGCACAAAUGAACAUACUGGUAUGUUAUGUGUACCGACGCUCUUGAAACGCAACCAUAUGUGACGUCAUAGAUCCAUGACUCGAGAUGCACCAUUUGUCUCGCGCAAGAUUAGCGUGUAAAGUUUAGAAAUCACAUGCAGCAUAUCGUGAUAAAAAUGAAGAGACUCUGUGGUAACACUUGACUGGUUGUCAGUUUUGUCAUUGAUUGUUACACACUGAUUACAUCUCUUCUUAACGUACAUACUUCUCUAUAUGUUUCUAUGGUUCGCGUUUCUUUUGGCGGUGAGUAUAAAAUUCCUACCCACAGACGUCACCUCCCCUACUCCGAAUACAAUCAUCGCACCAGUGAAAGACAUUGCCUUCCACAGGUGUAUAUAGUGUAUGUGUUCGGAUGAUAUAGGGUUUGUAUAUGCACACAUGCUUGAUUGAACCAGACUGUGAUAUUUGUCAAGCAUGACAAACUAUAUGAUAUCAAGUUUACAGAAGCUUGACUAUUACGUUGAACUGUUGAUUGAACGUUGUAAAUAAAGUUUUGAAAGGUA